AUGAGCGAUUUGCCGUCUAGUCGCGUUUCGCCUGCUCCUGCGUUUUUGCGCUGUGGAGUGGAUUACGCAGGUCCUUUUCAAAUUAAAGCAAAUAAGGGUCGAGGCUCUAGGUCAUUCAAGGCAUAUAUAGCUCUAUUUGUUUGUUUUACGACAAGAGCUAUUCACCUAGAAUUAGUGACUGAUCUUUCAGCAGAUGCUUUUAUUGCAGCUCUUAAGAGGUUCAUUUCCCGCAGAGGCAAAAGCAGUGAUAUAUAUAGCGAUUGUGGUUCCAAUUUUGUUGGAGCAAAACGCAAACUGAUGGAAUUUGAAAGGCUUGCUAGGUCUGCAACUUAUAACCAAAAUGUUAGCAGAUAUUUGGUUGAUAAUGGCAUUAAAUGGCAUCUAAACGUUCCAGGUGCGCCACAUAUGGGUGGACUCUGGGAAGCUGGCAUAAAAUCAACAAAAUACCAUUUAAAACGAGUAGUUGGUGAGGCGAGAUUGACAUAUGAAGAAUUUGAAACAUUUCUCACACACAAUAGAAGCUUGUCUUAA